UUAACAAUGACAGUUGUGUGUCUUUACACAGCCCACUUCCCCCCUAUUCUCUUUCUUGAAGGUGGAGAGGGUAUGUCAUCAGAAUCCAUGGGUCUGAAACAUUAAUGUUUCCUGGGUUUUUCCAAAAUUUCACUCUCUUUGUAAAUUCCGCUUUCUUUUCUUUUUAGAAAGUCAGCAACUUUAGAGCAAAAUGAAUGUUAAGAGUAGAGAGGUUGCUUCAAGGAAUGUUAGUUCAAGAAAAUGGGUUCUGGUGCUUUGUUUUGCCAGCUUCUGUACUGGAAUGUUCUUCACUAACAGGAUGGUACCUGAAACCGAAGGUGUUCAAAGAACAUCUAGAACUAAUGAAGAUGAAAGUUCAAACUUAAAGUCUGGUGAUUGUAAUCCUAAACUUGUUUUAUUGAAUAAGGCCAGCAACAGUUCAGGAGAUAUUUCAUCAGCCCAGAAAGCUAUUCAGUCACUGGAUAGAACCAUUUCAGAUAUAGAGAUGGGACUAGUGGCUGCCAGGGCAGAACGUGAGACAGUGAUCAAAGAUUCCCUGGCAAUGGGAGACUCACAAGCCAUUGAAUCAAACUUCAAAAAGAAAUACUUCAUGGUUAUAGGCAUUAAUACAGCUUUUAGCAGUCGGAAGCGAAGAGAUUCAGUUCGUGCAACAUGGAUACCACAAGGUGAGAAGCGGAAAAGGUUGGAGGAAGAGAAAGGCAUCAUCAUACGCUUUGUUAUAGGCCACAGUUCAACAUCAGGUGGUAUUCUCGAUAGAGCUAUAGAUGCAGAGGAAAAGGUGCAUGGAGACUUCAUGAGACUGCAACAUAUUGAGGGUUACUUGGAAUUGUCAGCCAAGACCAAGACUUAUUUUGCAACUGCUGUUUCCUUAUGGGAUGCAGAAUUUUAUGUCAAAGUGGACGACGAUGUUCAUGUAAAUCUUGCAACACUUGGAAUGAAUUUAGCUGGACAUCAAAAGCAACCUCGGGUCUAUAUUGGUUGCAUGAAGUCUGGUCCUGUUCUUGCUCAAAAGGGAGUGAAAUACCAUGAACCAGAGCACUGGAAAUUUGGUGAGGUGGGGAACAAGUAUUUUCGUCAUGCAACUGGACAACUCUAUGCCAUAUCAAAAGAUUUGGCAACAUACAUAUCAAUAAACCAGAAUGUGCUGCAUAAAUAUGCAAAUGAAGACGUUUCAUUAGGAUCUUGGUUUAUUGGUUUGGAUGUGGAGCAUGUGGAUGAUAGGAGAUUGUGUUGUGGAACUCCACCAGAUUGUGAGUGGAAAGCUCAAGCAGGUAACAUCUGCGCUGCUUCAUUUGAUUGGAGGUGCAGUGGGGUUUGCAGGUCUGUAGAGAGGAUGAUGGAAGUUCACAAACGAUGUGGUGAGGACAAGAAUGCAUUAUGGAGCACAAGCUUCUUGGAAACAACAAGCAGUUCUUCCUGAAUUCGCACCCGGGGAAGAUAGACAAGAGACAGCAUGCUUAGAGAUGGAUGUUUUUCCUUCUUCCUUUCCCACUCAAGCAGUCCAACGGUGUAGAGAUUAGUUACCAGAAAAAUGCAUAUCACGGUAAGAAAAGAGAGGAGUUACUUCUCCAUUUCAGCUGAGGGGACUACCCCCCAAAGCAAUAGGAAGUAGAAGAGAAAGUGACUCAACCCAUUCUUUGAAUGGUGGAGGGCUACGUUUUAAGUUCUCUGCCAUCACCAUGAGAUCCAUAAUAUGUAUUAAUCUUUGUGGGCAGCCUUUUACUGCCUCUUUCUUCAAUAAAUAAAUAAAAUCAUG